CAGCUGCUCGCGCUUCAGAGUCUCACGGCUGCGGCUCGGAGCGGCAUCAAGUCCGCAUCAAGUGCGCUUCUGGAUCUCUUACGUUACUGCACGAGGAUAAAAUCGCAUGAAAAUGGCUCUUAUGGCAGUUCUUUUACCGGUUUUGAUCGCGAUUGCAGCAGAUGCUGAUUUUCAGUUUGAUCUGAUCAGAGAGUUGGAUUUGGCCAAUGCUACACAUGGAAUAAGUCAAACUGCAGGUCUUCACAACAGCAGCAAAGCCUUUCUCUUUCGAGAUGCACAGAGAACGGUUCAGGUUCCCUCCCAAAUCGCAGAAAAUUUACUGGAGUUGCUCAGGAAUAAAAAUGAGUUCACAUUCAUAGCUUCCAUCCAGCAGAAAGCAUCCACAUCUGGAGUUCUCUUCUCCAUCCACGAGUCUGAGUACAGCUACUUCGAACUGGAGAGCAGUGGACUUAGGGAGGAAAUCCGCUACAAAUAUCGCCACAAAGGAAAACAGCGAUCUGAGACCUUCCCAUAUAGACUAGCUGAUGGUCAAUGGCAUAAAAUCGCUUUGUCCAUUAGCGCCAGUCACUUACUGCUUCACGUGGACUGUAACAGGAUAUAUGAGAGAGUGAUAGAACCUUCUGAGAUGGAUUUGACUGCAGGAAGUGGGAUUUGGCUCGGACAACGCAGCCACAGACAGGGACUCUUCAAGGGCUCUAUGCAAGAUGUCCAGUUUGUUUUUGCUUCAAAUGGCUACAUUAUGCAGUGUCCCAGCCUUAAUCGCACAUGUCCAACAUGCAGUGAUUUUCUCAGCCUCGUGCAAGGAAUAAUGGAUCUGCAGGAGCUUUUGGCUAAAAUGACAUUGAAGUUAAACUACGCUGAAUCCAGGCUGGGUCAGUUGGAAAAUUGUCACUGUGAAAGGACAUGCAGUGUGAAUGAUGUGGUAUAUCGGGAUAAAGACCUCUGGACUGAACCAGAAAACUGCAGAACCUGCGCUUGCAUGAAUGGUGCCGUUGAGUGUCGGAGAAUAUUUUGCCCCCCUGUGAACUGUUCAGAGGAUUCACUACCGGUUCACGUGGAUGGAACGUGCUGUAAGAAAUGCAGAUCUAAAUGUACCUACCUGGGCCAAACUCUUUCAGAGGGUCAGCGCUUUUUCCUACAGAGCUGCAAAGAGUGCAAGAACGGUGUGAUGGAGUCAGUGAACGAAAGCUGCCCGAGUCUCAAUUGCACAAUAAACGACCAGAUUUUGCCAGAGAACAGAUGUUGCAACGUCUGCAGAGGUCAUGAUUUCUGUGCAGAAGGAGUUCUCUGUGGAGAAAACUCUGUUUGCAAAAACCGGAAUAACAAGGCGGAGUGCGAAUGCAAAAGCGGUUACGCAUCUAUACACGGAGAUUCAACCUACUGUGAAGAUAUAGAUGAAUGUUCCACACAAAUGCAUUACUGUCAGGCCAACACAGUGUGUGUUAAUUUACCUGGAGGACAUCGAUGUGACUGCCUUCCAGGAUUCUCCAGAGUGGACGAUUUCUCCUGCACAGAGCGGGACGAGUGUGUUAGCAGUCAGAGCUCAUGUGAUGAGAACGCCAUCUGCACAAACACCAUCCACGGCCACCUGUGCACCUGUAAGCCGGGAUUCAUGGGUAAUGGCACCAUCUGCACAGCAUUUUGUAAGGAUGCCUGUCUCAACGGAGGAACGUGUACCUCUCCAAAUACAUGUGUGUGUCCUUCAGGCUUCACUGGACACCUCUGUGAGACAGAUAUUGACGAGUGUGUGGAAGGUCUCGCUCAGUGCCACACACACUCUCUGUGUGCCAAUCUGCCCGGAUGGUACCACUGUCAGUGUCGGAGCGGUUUCCAUGACGACGGCUCUCACCUGCCUGACGGUAGCUCCUGCAUGGAUAUUGACGAGUGUACCAUGCACACACACACGUGCUGGAACGACUCGGUGUGUGUGAACCUGCCAGGAACCUUCGACUGUGUGUGCAUGAACGGCCCAGAAUGCACUGGGGACUGCAUACAAGGUGAAGAGCUAAAACACAAUGGACAAGAGUGGAGCCUCAACCAUGAUCACUGCACUGUGUGCACCUGUAAGGACGGGAAAGUGUUCUGCAGGCGGAGAGCGUGUGACUGCACCACUUCUGACAUGGAUGUGUCCUGCUGUCCGGAGUGUGACACGCGCCGGAGCAGUCAGUGUGUUCAUCAGAACGGACACACACUUUACCACAGUGGAGAAUCCUGGAUCUAUAAUUGCCAGCAAUGUCAAUGCCUGGAGGGAGAGGUGGGAUGUGUAUCUCUCUCAUGUCCUGUCCUGCUGUGUAAUCGCUCGACCGUGUUGGAGGGGGAGUGUUGUCCUCGUUGCAUUUCUGACCCCUGCGCCAACAACGAUGAGACCUCUGACCCCAGGCAGACGUGUCACGACCCCGACGGCAUCACGCACCUCAGCGGCGCCACGUGGAGCGACCCCAAUGCACCAUGCACCACCUGCACAUGCAAGGUACACACACACUUUACCACUGCUUUGCCACACCACACUGUUUAUCACUCUCAUCAAUCACUAGUGGAGCGAUUAGCACCGUAACACGUAAAAUGCUGUAAUGUUAUGUGAUUUCUCACGUAGCCUUUGAUGUAACAGAUGAUAUUGAGUACAGCAACAAUAAUGAGCUGGUAAAUAAACCUGAUUAAUGUUGUGUGAGCGCACUUGCAGGCCAGCCAUUAUAAACCGUCAAUACAACAAGAUUGAAUGCAUGUUUUACAGCAAGCUGAUGAAUGAUUAGCAUUUUUAAUUUGUGGUGUGUUCUGAGUAAUAAAGAACGUCGCACUCUGGUCUCUUACAGAACGGGAAAAUCUGCUGCUUUGUCGAUUUGGACUGUAUCCAGAACGAAUAAAUGUGUCACCUUUUCAUCGCCAAGCUUUUUUUGUUUUGUUUUGUUCUCCCUCCUUGUGGACCAUACAGAUUUUCAGAAGUAAUAUAUAAUGCUGUUUUCUCCUUCUGGACCCCACCUGUGGCACUGACAUUCACAUUCAACAUUCUGGGUUUAUGGCUUCUUCGCAGCAGCCUUUCCAAAAAGACGAACGCAACAUGCAAUACUGUACACAUUACUGUAUUUCCCCGGACAUUACGUUGCUCCUGAGAGUAAGCCACAACACGUCUACCUUUGUCUGCUUAAAAUCGACUCUAAACAGUGUAAAAUAGUUUUCAUUUCCUUUAGUGUGCCUGUGUGUGUGUGGUUCACAAAGAUCUUACGUGCAUUUGAUUAAACGCAACUGAGGAG